UUUCGCCGACCAUCACAUGGACCAUCAUCACCAAAAUGUCGGUAGCGAAAGACUAACAUGGACGGGCGAAAGGGCGGAACCAAAAAGGCAGAAACUCGAUAUUAAAUUGGAAAACGACGAUAUCAACGACGGGUAUUGUUUUCCAGAAACUGUCCGAACCUGUAAAGACAAUGUAUCAUUAAUACGGACAGCACCUACGAGCACUGCUCCUUCCCUCAGUAUGUCAACGAAUCCCAACAGUUCUGUUGGUAGGGCAGUACCCAGGUGUGUUCCGCUUUCAAGUAGACAGCCUUCCUCGGGACCGGUACCUCUCACCACGCAAUUGAUUAAUUCUUCACGUUACAUUGACGUUUCCCUACAAAUAGUUAAGCAACCGGAACAGCAACACAGAGCACGUUAUCAGACUGAAGGCAGUAGGGGAGCAGUAAAAGAUAGAGAUGGAAAUGGAUUCCCUAUUGUUCAAUUAAUUGGUUAUUACAAACCAUCAACCUUACAAGUAUUCAUAGGUACUGACGUGGGCAAAGUAUCGCCGCAUAUGUUUUAUCAAGCUUGCAAAGUUAGUGGGAAAAAUUCAACGCCAUGUCUAGAAAAGAAAAUAGACGGCACGUGCGUGAUAGAAUUGCAACUAGAUCCUUCGAAAGAAAUGAGCGCCACUUGCGAUUGUGUUGGCAUAUUAAAAGAAAGGAACGUUGACGUAGAACACAGGUUUCCGGACCAAUUGGGGAAUCGAAGUAAAAAGAAAUCUACGAGAUGUCGAAUGAUAUUCAGAACCACUAUUACUUUGGAUGACGGUAGUAUGGAAACGUUGCAAGUUUGUUCUCAACCUAUAGUGUGUACUCAGCCUCCAGGUGUUCCAGAGAUUUGCAAAAAGUCCUUAACAUCCUGCCCGGCUAGCGGAGGCUUAGAACUGUUCGUUCUUGGCAAAAACUUUCUCAAAGAUACCAAGGUUGUUUUCCAACAAUAUGAAGAUGGACAUGUUCGUUGGGAACAGUCAGUUGUUCCAGAUAAAGAAUAUUUACAGCAGACACACUUUGUUUGUGUGGUUCCGCCUUAUCGAAGACCUGACAUAACCGAACCCGUAGGGGUGAGGUUAUGUGUAGAGUCUAGCGGUAAAAGAUCAGAAUCGCAUCAGUUUGUAUAUACACCCGUAAACGGGGUGCCAAGCGUUAUGGUCGAGCCUACGCCACCACCACAGCAGCCACCACAGUUCUUCAAGAGCAACUUUUGGCACUCGUCCGUGUCUAUUAGCAAGAGGGAGCAAGAUUUGGACAUGAUGCCGCCGCCAGAUACGAGUAUGGUGCCGAUAUCUACAAGAAGACCGUCUAUUAACCUGCCUUCUACGAGCGAUGCCCAUUCGCCGCCAUUGCAUGGGCUAAAACAGGAAUAUAUUGAUGAGACAAGUCAAGGCUCUAUUAUAGAUCAAGAGAGAUACAGGCAUUUAUCGGAAAGUUCGCUGGACGUUCAUCACGGCGAUUCAAAUAUGUCGAUGAUCAAUGAAAACUCUAUGAUGAGUCACAUUAACGAAAAUUCAAAUAUAAGUGUCGGAAACGAAGACCCGGUUUGUAUGAACAGGGUAAACUCGAUUUGUGAGAGUUCUUUAGACUGCGGUAACUCCAGUAUGUCAUCUAUGAACGAAGAUAGUACUUGCAGCACUGCUAUGAAUCCGGCCACAACUAUUUCCACACUUCUAAAUGAGAAGACGACUGCUAUAGAAAAUGUUAUGGACUUACGUAUGAAGAUGCCUAUGGUUACUGUUGCUGAUUUGGUAAAUACCACAGCACCAUCUAUUGCUGCAUUACAAAGGUUCGGUAUCAUGGAACAUCCCACGGCACCAUUGCCUACUCAAAGUGCACAGAGCGUUGAAAAUUAUUUGAAUAAAAUUGAAGCUAAACCUAGUAUGAUUCCUCUGACCAAUCCCACUGGUCUAUUGAUGAAGAAUGAUAUUAGCCAGAAACUAUCGCAAACCAUAAGUACAGAUUCCAACGUAUUUGCUGUUCAGAAAACUCUUAAUUUGCAAAACUAUGGCCUUUUGAACACAAGAGAACCCGUUUUUCCUAGCACUGGAAGACCAUUUAUGUCCAGUACGACUCAAAACGAUGUUAUGAAUAUAGUAGCAAAGUCGGAAAGUGCUGAUGUUGCCGAGCAAACGUUGCCAGAACAGACCAGGACUAUGGCUUCCUCGGCCAUUACUACAGUUGCUACUGCUUUAGAAAGAAGUGUUCCUACUCCAAUAAAUACUGAUAGACUGGAUGCUUUGGUUAAUUCCACUGUAGAAUCACACUUAAGCCCUACCAAAACGAAUUCUUUAAGUACUACAGAUGUCAUGAUGGCUACUCAAGACGUCAUGUUAAAUUCUCAGCCAACUCUCAUGGUUCCUCCUAUUAUAAACACUACUCCUAUGUCUUCAACUGUCCUCGGACAAACAGAAAUUCCAAUUUCUAAUAACUCCCCUAACCUGACUUCUGAAGUUAUACUCAAUUCUCAAAUAUCUCCCAGUCUGAUGUGUCGUAAUACAAAUAGUAUUCAACAAGAGACUUUGAUGCCACCCGCUCCUAAUUUAUCCAUGUGUCAGCCUAAUACAGUCGGCGAGCAGGUUCUUAUGAACGCCCCUUCGCCACAACAGUCCUUAAUGGCGACUCCUCAAACAGAAAUUGCAGCUGCUUUAACCACAGAACCAGAAAAAGUAGUCUUACUAAAAGCAGCCGUCGAUUUACUUGAAACUCAACAAAGGAUCAACGAUCUGGGGACCAAUUUACAAUCACCAACGAGUCAAUUAACUACUACAACUGCAGAUACAUUUUCAAGAUCUUAUGGUAAUAUGACAAUGAGUGGCAAAGAGAUGAUUGUUUCUACGACUCAAGAUGACAAAGAAAAUGUCGACAGAAUGAUACCACAGAGUUUUACGUCACUCACCGAGAACGAACUGAUUAAUCUAAUCAAUCCUAGUUGUUUUGAUCAAGGUAAUAACUCGUACCGUUGAGUUUGAUUUUUGUUUAGUUUUUAAAAAGCAUGGUAUUUUAUGUAGAGUUGAAUUUUCUUUUUGAUGUUUGAAAAUGUAGGAUACUAUAAAAGUUUUGAAAGGUGUACUCAUUGUCAAAUAGUUUCUAGAAAAACGAGAUAUUGUAACAUAAUAAUUUUAUGGAGCCCACUGCAAAAUAUUGAGUUUAUCACUAGUAUGGCCAAAUUUUUAUGGCUAUGUCGGGUAAUAUAUUGUGCAGUAGUAAUAUCUGUCGUUAGUCGCACUAGUAUCGUUUGCGUUUUACGUUAUAAAAAAUUGUUAACAAUUUAAAAAAUGUGCCACCUUCCUAUCGUUUUUUUGCAAUUUUUUUUUCCUGUCGAUAGAUAAUAAAUACAGGGUGUAUCAACGAUGCGUGGGUGAACGAUAGCUGCUUCCCUAUAUGAGAUAGGAAAAAAUGCUUCAAAUAAAAGUUGUAGAGGGCAUUGAAAGCUACGUUCCAAAAAUAACUACCAAUAUACAGG